GCGGCAACUUGCACUGAGGAAGAGCGGACCUUUGCGGACGAGGUCCCCUCCGUCUGCAGGGUCCACAUUCGGCAGGAGAUCCUGUCGGCUGACUCCGAGGAGGAUGCUGCGGAGACCACGGAGGCCCAUCGCAGAAGGCUGGAUGAGCAACAACCUUCACAGUCCUUCCAGAUCUUCCACCCGGAGGCGGCCAAGGCCCUUCGCAUUCAAUCGGAGGCCCUUCAGGGCCUCUCAGCAGCCGACCUCAAGGCGGAGCGCGCCCAAUCCGAGGAGGCCGAACGGGAGGAGAAGGGCACGGCCUUCAUGGAAAAGUUCGCCCUCAACCCUGUGGAGCUCUCGGCCUGGCCGGAUGACCUCAAACGGAAGCUGGAAAGGGGCACGGUGGCCACCGCGGCAUCUGGGGAGGCUUCAACUCCUGGUGCCAUUGGCCCAGCGGUGACCGGCCCUGGCCUGGCGACCCUCAAUGAGAUCGACGAGGAGGCGAGGAAGCUGGCCAUGUUGCUUUGGGCUUUGAAGGUGCACCGUGGUGAACUCCGCAUGUUUGGCGGGGUCUGGCGCCGGGUGCCUGAGUUUAGUCCGCCGCUCCCGGACUGGGCACAGCCAAAACCUGGGGCACUCUCAGUCAAGGAGGUGGACCGAUACCGGGCAUUGGAGAGGCGGACUCACCCAAGUUCCUUCGGCUCGGACAUGGUGGAGCCCUUCCACUACACAGAUCAGGAGGAUGAGAAGUGGCGACGGGAGAGCCGCACGUGGGACCUGAAGUCCCUCAUCCACAUCUACUCGAUGCGGUACACCUUCAAGUACAUCUACAGCCUAUAUGGUGCAGUCUCCCUUUGGCCAUUGAAGCCAAGCAGCGAGGCAAAGAUGCUCCGGGAUCCGCGCUCUGAGGCCCGUAAGGAGGCCAGCUCAUUUCUUGCUGCCCUGGGCCUGGACAAGCCCGCGGACAAGGACGAAUGGCGCACGGUGCUCCGCGAGAUGGGCUCCUUCCUGGCAACCAAGGUCUUCCUGACCAACUGCCCCGCGCCAGUGAUGGAGAUGCCCGUGGCCCCGGUGCACAACAGCAAAGAGGCCAUGCGCUUCAGGGCAAUCUGCGAUGAGCGGAUCACCAUCCCCGCUGGACGCCUUGAAGCAGUCCCGGCCUCGGAGGCCUACUCCCUCUAUGCCAAGCUGCGCUACUCCCAUGAUACCAUUCUGGCACUGGGGUGCACCCCACCCCCAGGUGCCUCUGGCCCUGAGGGGGGCCCUGCCCCCAUCCAGCGCGACAAAUCCAGGGAGCGGGUGGCAAACAACAUGGAUGUGGGCAUUCAGCAGCUGGACCAUGGCAGCGAGACCCUGCCUCCUCCGGCGGCCCCGGCCAAUGUGACUCCUCGUUACCCGCGCCUCACAGCCAGCAAUGUCACCUCCAUUGUGGGCAAAGACUGGCGCAAGAAGCACUACCCGGGCGCCAGCAAGGACCGCCACUUCUUUUGGGGCGAGGCCGAGUGCGGCCUGAUCCUUCCCAGCAGCCGCUUCUUGCAGAUCACCGGUGAACAGCGGGGAUCCCUGGCCUCCCUCCAGCUGGUGCUGGACGAGCCACCUGAGGCCUUCUACAACAAGUGGAUCAAGGAACGCAUGGAGUUCUACAAGCGGGUGGAGCCCUGCGCUGCCCCCAGGGAUGAGCGCCUGGAGCUGGUGGGCAAGAUGAACCAUCGCCUGCGGUUCAGCGCCAGCAACAACCUUGGGGCAGUGUCCGAUGCUAUCUGGCAGGUCAUCCUGAGCAACGAAGAGAUGAAGGGCAUCCGGGCGAUCCAGCAAGUGGCCCAGAAGGUCACAGCA